UUGACCAAUCAAAUUGAUUGUUACAGACUGCACCGCCAUUUUUGAUUUGAAUGUAAACACUAGACUAACUUUUACUACAAAUGAUGUCUCGUGAAAUGUGAUUAAGAUAAUAAAGAAAAGAUGGGCCGAGCCAAGAACACCAUCAAGACCUAUGGCCGUCACAGACAAAGGGUGAUAACUGCGGAUAUUUGGAGCUCUGAUGAUGAGAAAAAGACUGACACUGGGGGCGGUUUGUUCAGCAGUAGUAGCAGCAGCCUGGACUCCUCCACCCAAAACUCAACAAACGACAGCCUGUUUGGAGGACCAAUAACUACUCGAAGCUCAAAGAAACCUUCCAGAGGUAAGAACAAAGAAAACAUUGGACGUGUGACAAACAAAAGACUACAACAGAAAAGACUUGGAUCUGAUGGGGAGAGUUGCUCCAGCACAGGAAGUGACAGUUUGUUCCAAACCAGUCGCCCCAGGAGAGCCUUACGGGACAGGAACUACGCCGAACAAGAGGAAGUAGGCAAACCAAAGUACGGGGGAAAGCGGAAACGGAUUCCAAACUCAAGCAUCCACCUACCUAGUCAAAAAUCUGAUUCAUUAUCCUCCAUUACAAACUUUAGUGAAUUUGACGAUUACAGCCUCGUAAUCUCGGGGUCCCCGGCCCAGAUUAAAAAUGACAGCGUUUAUUCUCCACGCAAUUUACGCAGUCAGAAUAAGAUUGAAACCAGUACUCCUUGUGCUAAGAGGACUUGUUCUGCUAAUGAUAUAAAUAAUUUGUCAGUAAUCGAUCAUGUAGAGGACGACGUUCCGCCUUCUCCUUCCGUUCAUUUGGAGCAAAGCUCCUACGCCAAUGAAUGUUUAACAAGAGCAUCUAAUGCUUCUGAUGUUAACAAUAAAAGUAAAUCAGUGUUUAAGACACCAAAGGACGAAAGUUUAUCUAGCCCUGUUAUACCUUGCAUUGUUCAGUUGGAAAAAUUAAGACAGAGUUUCCUUUCCAUGCAUGUGUCUCGGAGGUCCUCCAAGCCGUCUAAUAUGGACCACUCGGAAAGUUUGUUCAGUACUUUUGAUGAGAAUGGCUCUUCGAUCAAUUGUGUGACUGCCGAAUCAAAACUUGAUGUGUUAGAUUCUGAGGAGGAGGAGGAUGAAAGUGAUACUGAAGAAGAUGAGGAAAGUGAAGUAAGAGGUGAUGAUGAUUUAAGUGAAAUUUUUGAAGAAGAUGAAGAUGAGGAAAAUGAAGAUGAAGAAGAAAAUGAGGGGGGAGAGGGUGAGAGGAGUAUGACCAAGUAUAUGUUGGCGAGUCCAGAAAAUGAGAACUUCUAUUCAGCUCAUUCUUCCUUGGCCUCGAAGGAAACCCCUAAUGUCUCACUCAGCAAAAGCUUGCUCAAUAGAUCUCACUUUGAUGUCCUGACUCCUCAGAGAAAGAAAUCGCUUCCCCCUCCAUCGCCCCGCUCCAAGAUUUUAGAGGUCUGCCAACAGGAGGAUAUAGAAACCUUCCACUCCUGUAUCAAUAGCAGUAUGAUGAAACAAUGUAAAAAGGUUGGAGAGGGUGUGUAUGGAGAAGUGUUCCGGACUAAAAGGGGAAAGAACUCUGUAGCUCUCAAGAUAAUUCCAGUAGAAGGCGACUUUGAAGUAAACGAUGAGAAGCAAAAGUCAUUUGAGGAAAUAUUACCAGAGAUUGUCAUCUCAGUGGAAUUGAGUUUGUUGAGGGAAAAUGAACAGUGCUACACUCAGAAUUUUUGUGAAGUUCAAAGAGUUUCCUGUGUGAAGGGAAGGUACCCCUCCAAACUUCUGAAUGAGUGGAACGCAUUUCAUGAAGAGAAAGGGUCUGAAAAUGAUAACCCAGACAUGUUUUCCGAUGACCAGCUCUUCAUCAUGUUUGAGUUCGCAGACGGAGGGAAAGACUUGGAGUCUGCCCAGUUCAAUAAUAUUUUUGAGGCCAAGAGUGUUUUCGAACAAGUGACAUUUUCACUGGCGGUAGCGGAGGAAGCCUUACAGUUCGAGCACCGAGAUCUUCACUGGGGGAACGUACUGGUCAAGAAAACGGAGCUCAAAUUCCACGAGUAUGUGGUGAUGGGCCAGACGUUUCAGGUGGAGUCUCACGGAGUUCAUGUCAGCAUCAUAGACUUUACUCUGUCUCGGCUCGUUAAAGAUGGCUGUACUGUUUUCACAGACCUCUCCACAGACGACAGUCUGUUUGAAGGGACGGGGGACUACCAGUUUGACAUGUAUCGCAAAAUGAAGGAGCUCAACAAAAACAACUGGGAAGCGUUCCAUGCCCAGACCAAUGUGUUCUGGCUGCAUUACCUGGCGGACAAGCUGAUCAGGGCCAAGCGGUACAAACGUAACACCAAGAAGGACCAGGGUCUGCUGAGAGAGUUCAGGAACGUUGCCAAGGACAUGCUGGAGCACACGAGUGCUUGUGAUCUCAUCUCCUCGUCCGACUUCUUUACCUCAUGACCAAUGUAUUUAUACCUCAAGAUCAGAUGUUCAUAAUUAUAUACAUGUAUUUAUACCUCAAGAUCAGAUGUUCAUAAUUAUAUACAUGUAUUUCAUGAAGAUAGUGUUUAUACUUUUCUGAUUAGGCCUUUAUUAAAAUUAAUGACCCGAUGUUCUUUUUGAUCUAAACACCUAAUCUGAAGUUGCUAUUCUUUGUGAUGAUGUAUCUACACACUUUUUCAUCAGAUUUCUCAAUUUUUAGCAGCAGUUGACUGAUUUUUCCCACCUACAAUCUAUUCAGUUGUAAAAUCUCAUAUGGCAGCUCUUAAUAGAUUUAUUUUAAUGUACAUGUUUUCUUUUUAAAAAAAAAUGUAUUUUUGAGGUUAAGGAGAUAGAGUAUUGUAAAUUCUUAGGUGUCGCUCUCUCCCUGAUGGAUUUGAUAGUGAAAAAUAUAUACUGAUGGUUCAGACUUAACAAAUGCAAUUAUGACCAACAUAUUCUGAUAUGAGAGUGGAUUCCUGCAACAACUUUUUCAUCAACUUGGGCUUCGUUUUUUUAACUUCAUGCAGUGGUUUGAAAUAAAAACUUUUGUAACCAAAGUUGCAAAUAUUAGUCAUUCUCUAACACACAGAUAAAGGUAGGUUUAAUAUAUUGGAUACAUGUUCUACAUUGUUUUAGUUAUUUUUAAUUCAUUAGUUUUAAACAUUAAAAAAAAAUCAAGAAUAUUAUUUCUGUUUUCGUUAUAGUUGAAUCCUUUUUUCUUUUAGACAGAUUUUUAGCAAAGUUUGGGCAACCAUCCAGUGUUACAGUGCGUGUACAUAACAUUGUUUAUGUAAAACUAGACCCCAAUAUAAUUGCACUAAAAUAAAAGCUAUCUGGUGUCAUCUGUAAUUUAUGUGCAUUUUACUUUUUAGCUCGCAUUGAUUAUGAGAAUACCGAUCAUGAUUAAAUGUAAACUAUGUCUCCAUAAUGUAAUGUUAUAAACUUGUUGAAAGCAUAUUGAAUACAAGUAUGUUACCAAUUAGUGA